CCCAUAGCCGCGAGGAGCGCCCAGGCCGCGCCACGGUCUCCGCAGGUCCCCGCUCGCUCCCGAGGUGGAUGUGCGCGGUAACAUGUCCAGUGUGCCCCCGGAGAGAAGGAAAAGGCAGCAGCAUAUUAAGGAAGGGCUUCAGUUUAUUCAGUCACCGCUGUCGUACCCCGGGACACAAGAACAAUAUGCGGUCUAUUUACGGGCUCUUGUGAGAAAUCUUUUUAAUGAAGGAAAUGAUGCUUAUCGGGAACAUGAUUUGAACAACUCAGUAAGCCAGUACACAGAAGCUUUGAAUAUUGCCGAUUAUGCCAAGACGGAAGAAAUUUUAAUCCCUAAAGAAAUCAUUGAGAAACUGCACAUCAAUCGUAUUGCUUGCUAUUCCAAUAUGGGUUUCCAUAAGAAGGUUCUAGAAGACUGUGAUGCUGUCCUCGGUUUCAAUGCCGGCAACUGCAAGGCCCUGUACCGGAAAUCCAAGGCUCUGAGCGACUUAGGGAGAUACAAAGAGGCUUAUGACGCUGUGGCCAAGUGUUCUCUGGCCGUCCCCCAGGAUGAACAUGUAAUCAAAUUAACUCAAGAGCUGGCGCAGAAAUUGGGAUUUAAGAUAAGGAAAGCAUACGUGAGAGCUGAGCUUUCACUGCAGUCUGUGCCCGGCGACGGGGCUGGCAAGGCUCCAAGCUCUUCGGUGGAAGAUAUUGAGCCAGAUUUACUGACCCCGAGACAGGAGACCCUUCCUGUGGUUUCUGUUCCUGCACCCAGCUUCCCGAACCAGGUUGGCAGCGAGCUGGCCUCGGUGCCUCUAGUGCCCGGAACUUCAGUUCUGCCGCUGCACACAGAGGAGAACGUCUUGCCAUCGGCGGUGUUAGCCAAUGGCAGCCAGAGCUCCUUUAGCAUGCCAGACACCUUCUUUGAUGAUGGAGACAUGGUCCUGGGGGACGAGCUGGAUGACCUCCUGGACUCUGCCCCAGAGCCCAAUGGGCCUGUUAUGCCCUCUGCGUUAGUCCGAGGACCCCUUCCGGCCGCUGGUGUCCCCCCUGGCAUCCCCUUUUCAGCCUCUCUGCUGGGCACCUUGUCUCUGGGUGCCAGGUUCACCCGCCCCCCGUCCCUCUCCGAGCUGUAUCCGCCCUUGAGCUCGUCCUUAGAAGAUUUCUGUUCUUUAAACUCAUUUACAGUGAGUGAGUCCAAACGAGAUCUGUCCAGCUCAGCUUCUAGAGAGGGGACCCCGCUUAGCAGCUGCAGUCCCCCGCUGGUUCUCAUGAAUGGACCCGGCAGCUUAUUUGCUUCAGAGAAUUUCCUGGGCAUCGCUAGUCAGCCGAGAAAUGACUUUGGAAACUUUUUUGGAAGUGCAGUUACUAAACCACCUUCCACAGUGACCCCUAGACACCCCCUGGAGGGAACGCACGAGUUGAGACAAGCAUGCCAGCUGUGUUUUGUAAAAUCAGGCCCUAAGUUAAUGGAUUUCACUUACCAUGCUAAUAUAGAUCAUAAGUGUAAGAAAGAUAUUUUAAUUGGUAGGAUAAAGAAUGUUGAAGAUAAAUCAUGGAAAAAAAUACGUCCAAGACCAACAAAAACAAAUUAUGAAGGACCCUAUUAUAUAUGUAAAGAUGUCGCCUCGGAGGAGGAAUGUCGCUAUUUGGGCCACUGCACGUUUGCUUAUUGCCAGGAGGAGAUAGACGUGUGGACGCUGGAGCGAACGGGCGCGUUCAGUCGUGAGGCGUUCUUUGGUGGCCUUGGGAAGGUUCACCUCACCGUGUUCCGGCUCCUCCAGGAGCACCUGGGCGAGUUCACGUUCCUUUGCGAGAAAUGUUUCGACCAUAAGCCUCGAAUGAUAAGUAAAAGAAAUAAAGAUGAUUCUACGUCUUGCUCUCAUCCGGUUACGAAGCAUGAAUUUGAAGACAAUAAGUGCCUUGUCCACAUUUUGCGGGAGACGACGGUCAAAUACUCCAAAAUCCGUGCUUUCCACGCCCAGUGCCAGCUCGACCUGUGCCGCCACGAGGUCCGCUAUGGCUGCCUGCGGGAGGACGAGUGUUUCUAUGCGCACAGCCUCGUGGAGCUCAAAGUUUGGAUCCUGCAGAAUGAGACAGGUAUUUCACACGAUGCCAUCGCUCAAGAAUCUCAACAUUAUUGGCAGAACGUGGAAACGCGUGUACCCGAGGCCCAGGUUCUUGGUGAUCAAAUAAUGCCCAACUCUCUCAAUAUGAAGAUAAAAUUUGUGUGUGCUCAGUGUCUGAGAAAUGGUCAAGUCAUUGAACCAGACAAAAACAGAAAAUAUUGUAGUGCAAAAGCCAGGCAUUCGUGGACCAAAGACCGGCGUGCCUUGAGAGUGAUGUCUUUUGAACGUAAGAAGUGGAUGAACAUCCGUCCUCUCCCCACAAAGAAACAAAUGCCUUUACAGUUUGAUCUCUGCAAUCACAUCGCUUCGGGGAAGAAGUGCCAGUACGUGGGCAACUGCUCCUUUGCGCACAGCCCUGAGGAGCGGGAAGUGUGGACAUACAUGAAGGAGAACGGGAUCCAAGAUAUGGAGCAGUUUUAUGAGCUCUGGCUGAAGAGUCAGAAAAAUGAAAGAAAUGACGACGUGGCCAGUCAGUCAACCAAGGAGAACGGCAAACAGAUCCAUAUGCCCACGGACUAUGCCGAGGUCACUGUGGACUUCCACUGCUGGAUGUGCGGGAAGAACUGUAACAGUGAAAAGCAGUGGCAGGGUCACAUCGCAUCGGAGAAGCACAAGGAGAAAGUCUUCCACACCGAGGACGACCAGUACUGCUGGCAGCACCGGUUCCCCACUGGCUCCUUCAGUAUAUGCGAGAGGUUUGCCAGUGGGACCUGCGCAGAGGGGAGCAGCUGUAAAUUUGCCCACGGGCACGCAGAACUCCGAGAAUGGGAGGAGAGAAGAGCCGCCCUGAAGAUGAAACUCAACAAAGCCAGGAAAGAUCACUUAAUUGCCCCAAAUGAUAAUGAUUUUGGAAAAUAUAGUUUUUUGUUUAAAGAUUUAAACUAAUAUUACCGGCUUGUCUGUG